AUGCUAGAAGCUUUCUUCGUACCAUCUGACGAGAAAGACUUGCGAUGGCAUCGACCUAGCCAUAAGUCGGCUAAGGACUGGUUCAACAAAUGGAAGCCUUCUGGAGACUCUGUAAAGAUAAUCCCUGAAGAAGUGGCUCUUGAUGUUGAUCGUAAUGUGAGACAUCGAGUGGAUCGCCCAGCGAAGCUAUCACUGCCUGUUGGUAAAGCGCGUGGUGGUAACGCUCGAGGUUCGUCUCAUUCCGGGACCAAGGUCGAUGCUAGAUAUCACAAUCACACAUCAAGGGACGUUGAUGAUGAGAUGACCGCCUUCGAUGCGAAGCACGUCGACGAUCUGGAGGCUAUGAAUCAAAUGGCUUCUCUAUAUGAUAAGCCUCGUGGCGUCAAAAUGCCUUCUCUUGCAUCACGUUCCAGCAAGGCCUCCGGUACCGGCAUGCCUUCUUCCUCGGAUCCCGCUCUUAUUGCCCAUGGGAGUUUUCGUUCUGAAGACUCCAACGACUCUAGUACUUCUCUUGCUGACAGUUCUUCCGAUGUGGUUGCACCUUCGACUCUUAUCGGAAUCCCUGACGAUGAUGAUUCUUAUGUCGAGCCUCCUCCCGGACCAGAAGCUCGUUCACUGGUGAAACUGGAGCCCCGUUCAAUCAUGAAUUUGGAGCUUAUCCCUUCCCGCGACUUGGAGCCCAGCCUCAAUCAAAGCUCAGACGCUUAUUACUCAGGCGCUGAGGACGAAGACCAGGACCAGCCUCCACGGAAGAAGAGUGCCCUCAUGGAAGAACCGAAGUUCGAAGAGUUCGAAUACUAUCCUGGCGAACUCAACCUCUUCCAAAAAGACAUUGCCAGCGUCCUUUCUGAACACAGCACUAUUCACAUUGAUGCAUCUGGUAGAGACGAGACUAAUGAAACGGGCAGUUUUCUUCGUCCUCCUUACAGGUCUGGCAAGGUGACACUGCGAAAUUUGGCGACGGUUUUGGACAAGGUCGAAAAUCUUCUUCACUGCUGCCAGUCCAUUAGAGUGACAGUGGAGAAGGACGUUUAA